AUGCGUCAGAGUCAGCGAGCGGCCGCGUUGCCAAACGCCCGGCGGCGCUCCCGGCGCGCCAUUCAUCGGCGAGCGACUCCCUCCUCGCGGCGGCGCUCGCUUUCCGUUACGUCGCUCGAGUUGCGUCGCUUUGCGACUGUGUGCUCGCCCGUGGCGCGGCCCUGCGGCGGCGCGCUUCUGGCGUGCGCGCUGCUGGCGGCGUGGUGGGCGGGCGCGGCGCGGCGGCGCGUGCCGUGCGGCGGGCUGCACCGGCGACCUUGA